AUGCUCCGGCGCUUCCCGGGCGAGACCCGGCCACACCUCAAGGAGCCCCUCGUCAAGUCCGUCUCGGGCGGCGCCGGCGGCUGCUCCCGCGGCGUCGUGCCCGGUGCCGCCGUCGUGUCCAGCGGCCGCACCUCGGGCUACCAGCGCGGCCAGGUGUGCGAGGUGCCGGCCUAUGUCAGCGGCGAAGAGAACGGCACGGGCAAGGCGACGCGCGAGUGGUUUGUUGAGGAGCUGCCUCCACCCUUGGACGACGAGGAUGCAUGGAUCCGGGGCGGCAUCGGCGUCGAGGGCGACAGCGGCGCCGCCGUCGUCGAUGUCGAGACCAACAGCCUCGUCGGUCAGCUCUGGGGCCGCAACAAGUACUGGGGCCCAGGGCCGCGCCUCACCUUCUUCACGCCCGCCGCCGACAUCUUUGACGACAUCCAAGAAAAGUGCGGGCAGCAGACGCGGCCCCAGCUCCCGCAGCAUCGUGACGACUGGGACCGCUAUCCCGAGUACCCGACGUGCCGGCGAUGCUACGACUUGGGCAAUUACCUGGACAGCCGACGGAGCUCGCGCGCGUCACUCCAGAGCAUGUUCAUGUGCGCCGAGGACGUGGAUCACGACUUGACAUCUGUUGAGGCUGCCUCGGAGCUAGCUACUCCGCGCUCAAUCCACCGCGGCAUUGGCGUCGAGGAGGUCGGGGCCUCGUUCCACAGCAUCCCCUCGCCCAUCGACGCGAGGCUCGGCCCGAGAACGCCCGUCAUGUCCUCCAUGAACGGCGUCCUCAAGCGUCUCUACCCUCAAUCGCUCGAGCUCGAUGACGCUCUCGAUGCGCCGAGCCCCUACCCUCAGUCGCUCGAGCUCGACGGCGCUCUCGACGCGCCGCCUACCUUCGGCGAGUCUUCGACCAAGAGAGUGCUGCCUCGCUUUGACUUUGGGUUCCCAUCGCUUGUAGAGGAGCAACCGUCGAAAAGGCCCAGGACUGGCUGGUGA